AUGGCUCCCGCAAAACGGCCCAACUUUCUGCUCAUCGUCGCCGACGACCUGGGCUUCUCUGACAUUGGAUGCUUUGGCAGCGAGAUUCGAACGCCAAACAUCGACAAGCUCGCCCUCAAUGGAGGCAUCCGGUUCACUGAUUUCCACGCCGCUGCGGCUUGCUCCCCAACUCGUGCCAUGAUCAUGACCGGCACCGACCACCACAUCGCCGGCCUGGGAAACUUGAUCGAAUGGACCAACAUCUCCGGCCAGAACGGCCCCAAGGGCUCGCAGAUGAGCACCGCGCCGCAGCGGGGGAUGCCCGGCUACGAAGGCUACCUCAACGAGCGCGUCGUCGCCCUGCCGGAGCUGCUGCGCGACGCCGGCUACCACACCCUCAUGUCCGGCAAGUGGCAUCUGGGCCUCACCCCGGAGCGCGCCCCCUGCAAGCGCGGCUUCGACCGGUCCUGCGAGACAACGACGAGACGCCCACCUUCAUCGAGGCCAGCUACAUCGCCCUCCACAUGGAGGAUGACCACUACGUCAAGGAAGCUCCCCGAGGGCUGGUACUCGUCCAACGGCUACGGGGACAAGAUGCUCCAGUAUCUGAAGGAUUGGCACAACUCGGACAGAAAGGAACAGCCCUUCUUCGCCUAUCUGCCCUUCACCGCGCCCCACUGGCCCCUGCAAGCGCCCCGGGAAUAUAUCGACCAUUACCGUGGCAUGUACGAUGAGGGUCCGGACGUUCUCCGCGAGAAGCGUCUCCAGCGCCUGAAGGAGCUGGGCAUGAUCAGGGACGACGUCAAACCACACCCAGUCGUCGCCGACGAGGUCAAGGAGUGGAAGGACUACACUCCGGAGGAGAAGCAGAAGUCGUCGAGGGCCAUGGAGGUCUAUGCGGGCAUGGUCGAGUGUAUCGAUGCCAACGUAGGCAAAGUGGUUGAUUAUCUUGAGAGCAUUGACGAGCUGGAUAACACGUUUGUCUGCUUCAUGUCCGACAACGGCGCCGAGGGCGCGGCCUACGAGGCUUAUCCCCUGGUGCAGAGCGGGGUGCUGCCCCAUCUGCAAAAGUACUACGACAACAGCCUCGAGAACCUGGGCAAUUACAACUCGUUCAUCUGGUACGGUCCGCGCUGGGCCCAGGCGGCGACAGCGCCCUCGCGCCUGUACAAAGCGUACACGACGGAGGGAGGGGUGCGCGUCCCCUUCCUGGCCCGGUUCCCUAAGAGUGUGGAGGUGGCCGAGCAUGCCAAGGGGAUCACGGAUCAGUUUACGACGGUGAUGGACCUGGCGCCGACGAUUCUCGAGAUGGCCGGUGUGCAGCAUCCCGCCCCAACGUAUCAGGGCCGCGAGGUGGUUCCCAUGCGGGGGAAGAGUUUCUACCCCUGGGCCACCGGCAAGGCGGAUCGGAUCCACGAGAAGGAUUUCAUCCAGGGCUGGGAGACGUGUGGACGGGCGGCCCUGCGGUAUGGAGACUGGAAGAUUGUCUACAUCCCGAAGCCCAAGGGGCCGGAACGGUGGCAGCUGUACAACCUGGCGCGCGAUCCGGGCGAAGUCGACGACCUGGCCGAAAAGGAACCGGAGCGGUUGAAGCAGCUGCUGAAGCUGUGGGAUCAGUACGUGCUGGAGACGGGCGUCAUCCCGCUGAACCCAGACCUGGGCGACUUCAUCGAGGCGACGGAGGAGCAGAUGCCGGAGAACGCGUGGAUGGAGUACGACUACUGGAAGCCGGGGGCGCGAGACGAGCCGGAGAAAUUCAUGCGCAAGCCUCCGCGGUUCACGCGGACGGUGAAGCAGUUUUAA